GCAUCUGCAAGCAACCGCGAUGCAUCGCUCUCACCGCGAGAUGCGAAGACUCGUCGUAGCGAAGGACUAAGCGUAAAGUAUUGCAACGACUCAUGACUUUGAAUUCUUCUUUCUGUAUCAUUCUGUCUUUACAGCUUUCAUACUCUAUUGCAAGAAUACAAAGUCGUUCCUUCCACACGCGCGGCUGCCAGAGGUGUCGAACCAGGGCAGUCACCAAUGAACCCUGCCACGUCCGCGCCCCACAUUCGCAGCCCUCUCCCCAAAUUGAACUUCCAUCGUGCUUCACUGCCACUACACGCUGCGAAAUAACUGUCUCAGCCCGGCCCUCCGUUGACAAAAGCUUUUCGCUCCUCGCUUCGCACAAACAUUGCACGACACCAUCCACUCAACCUUGUCGAUAUACAACUUCCAUCUUGACAACGAAUCGUGCAGAAUGGUCAACAGCCUGCUCUUCCGCUGGGAAGACAGCCAAGCUCUGCAGCACCAUUGCGGCUUCUGUGAGCGACCUCUUUCUCACCCAGGAGCUCGAGCAAGCUGCUUCGGUACGCAUAGCGAGCCAUGUCACCGUUUCCACCAGGCAAUGUUCAUGCGCAACCGGGCUCAUAUCUGCAACUACUGUAGCACCAUCGAUGAAGCACACUAUAAGCGGCAUCACGACCUUGUCACUCAAUUGCGCUGCAUCUACGAAAGCUGCGGUGAAUUAGACUGGACCAUCGUACCCGCAGAACCUGGAGACCCAAGAAGAGGUAGAUCGUCUGAUGCACAACUAGCCGGUCGUGAAUCAAGCGACCACAGCCUUACACCAGAGGAGACGCCGACUUCAAAACGUGAGCGGAAAGAUGCCAAGUGCCUCGCCAGAGCGGCAAACAGAGCGAGAGUUGUCACACAAGAAGAGAUCAGAUACGUAGACUCAGUACUCCACUCCGCGGAAGGUGUCUCCAGUAGUGACGGUGCAGAUCCUGCCAACCUUGAAGAGAUGCAACUGAUCGAAGAACACCUACGUUACAACGCCAAUGUUUACAACAGCCAUUCGAGCCGCCGUGAUUUGAGGAGGUUCGCUAAGAUUCCUGACGUGGAUGUUGACUUCGAAGCUGAGAUGGAGAGAGUCCUUGAUACGUUUCGCAUCACUGAGCUUGUUAAGCGCAACCUCAGAAACCGUGGGCUGCAAGGCAAAGAGCUUAAAAGCUUCGAAGGUUCGAUCGAGGCCUUCAAGAGCGCUGUUGUGGAAGACCUUGUACUUGUCAAGAAAGACAUGAUGGAGAUCAGAAUGCGCCGCGCCGGGUAUCUGCGCUACACCAACAAGACUGCCUACGGUAUCGUCGAGAAUAGGUACACCGAAAAGGACUGGAAAACUGGCGAACGCAUCACCUCCUCCUCCAGCGAGUCCAGCGGUCUCACUUCGCCGUCUGAGGAGCUUGUUACGCCACAAAGCGCUGUACCCGACAUUAUAGUGUCGCCCGUUCUGCCUUCCACGAAAGGUCCCGAUCGGCGACAUCUACAACACUUCCACACACGCGUCAGCGGAAACGAUGGCCUCGGACAGAAAGUCAUUAAGCCCUAUCACGCACCCCUGUUGCCACUUACACCAAAUAAGACUCCAAAGGGGCCUGCUGUCUUGAAACUGAAGGUGGUCGAGAACAAGGAGAACAGGAUCCCUGUCGGCAUGACCAAUCGUAGAUGGCUGCGACGAGACGUAGCAAGGCAAGCACCACUUACUCGACCACUGCCUGCUUCAGAAGAGGGAAACUCGCCGCCAUCAACACCUUCGUUCAGACGAGUCCCCUCAAACGAACCAGUCCAAGUGAUCAAGCCAGCGUGGGGCAAGGUCGCAGCCUUCACUUCUUCUCCAGCCCAACAGGACCCUGCAAUUAGAGUGGAUCGCAACGAAUUUCCUGCACUAUAUCUACCCGUGAAAGCGCCUAAAUCUAUUUCGCCUAAGUCUGACGCGCCUGCUGUGCAGCCAACCACAGAAGACGAGAUUGCUGGCCUGAGAGGUCCCGAACGCGCGAUCACACCGGACAACGACACCGGAAAUGCACACCCGAUAGUGUCUCAGAAGAAGGCAAAGAAGGCGCAACGCGAGGCAAAGCGUAAAGUCAAGAAGGUGAGCGACCCCGAGGAGACAUCGAGUCCUACAGCAGUGGAGGAAGCUGGCGUCGAAAAAGUUGAACAAGGCUUCAGCGAGACCUUAUUGGGCAGCUCGACGGUCAACAGCGCCUCACAUGCUAUGGAAAAGAUGCCUCCCCAGAGUCCAGUCUCUUUGAGAGAGCUAAUCGACGACGGCAAAGUUGAUGCAAGCAUCGGAGCCGUAGAAGAGCAGAUCACCGUUCUUGUCGUUCCGAAAGCACCUUCCCCUCCAACUCUACCGUACACCACGCAUGGAAAGCAUGAUCAUUGGACACGGUUCGCGCGGGUUUUCAUCGUUGAUCAAUUGACUGCUCCGUUGCUUCAAUCCUUCGAAGGCUGUUCACACGGAUCAUCCUGCCGAUUCGAGAGCCACGGAGUACCCGACUGUCCGUUCCAUGAGCCGCAUUGUCCAUGCGGAGACCCUUUGCGAAACCAAUGCUAUCUUAUGCAUCCUGGCAAGCAGCUUUGCACAGCCGGACCAUACAAUCGCGCACACGGCGAGAGGAUGAUGGCCACGUACGAGCAGCAUACGCUGACCAAGGGUCGAGUAAUGCUUGUAGACGACGAUCUUGUGUCAUAUUUCAUGGACAUCAACAACACCCCUAGCAAGCCGGAUCUUGCCAGCAUGCCCCCUCGUCUCCUGCGCGAACACACCGACUUCCUAGAUGGGUACGAGCGCGGUCCACUCAUGAGGCAGGAGCUUGAAUUUGAGCGACUCUUCGUAAAGAACAUGGCUAUGAGACAUCCGCUUACCAUGCGCAUGCUGCAGGACAUUCAGCGCCAGAACUCAGGCCGCAAGGGCUCAGUCAAGCUGUGCUACUGCGGUACUGAGAUGGUGCCGAACGCUCAGAAGAUGAAGACGGAGUCCAACAAAGGCUUUGUGAGCUGUUCAUAUGGCAAGUGCGGGUUCGGAGGUGUCUUUCACAAGCGCUGUGUCAAGAAAUUGGGAGUUGAGAAGGUCAGCCGAUGGUACUGCACCGCUUGCGAGAAGCAGAUGAAGAUCCUGGCCUACAAGGCCUUGGGGAUCCCGUAUAUUGAUGGCGAUGCUGUCAUAGAUGGUGCAGAGAAGAUGAUUGCGGAGAUGAUCGCGAAGCCUGGUGGUCCGAUGGAUCGCUUCAAGUCCCGCUUACAGGAGCUAUACAUGGGUGACGCCUGUGAUGAUUCGGAAGUUGAGGAUGUUGAUUGAGGUCUACAAGACGUAGCGCGACGAUUUAACAUAACCACAUAGACUAGCGCGUGGUACUCCAAGCACAGGAAGAGCUACAAGUUUCAUUCCAAGGAUUACCGUGAUGUCCUUCAGACUGCUCCGUU